AUGUCCAACGAGUCAAUUAACAGCCCUGCGGACUCCCACAUAGACCAUGCGGCUGCGAUAAAUUACUGGAGCGAAGUACCUGCCACCAUCAAUGGCAUCCUUGGUGGCUUCCCGCAGAUCUCUCGCAUCGACCUGCGCGGGUCCAAGAAUUUCCUCGCAAAAGUGCGCCGCUUGAUCCCCAACUGCACAACGACCGAGAAGCUCAAGCUAGGUGUUGAUUGCGGGGCGGGUAUCGGCCGCGUGACGGAAGGCUUUCUCAGCCAGGUGUGCGAGGUUGUCGACGCCGUGGAGCCGGUUGAAAAAUUCGCCUCGACUCUUAAAGACAGCCUCAGAGAAAGCGAUGCCCUAGGAGACGUCUAUGUUGUGGGUCUGGAGAAUUGGAGCAUCGAGAAGAAAUACAACUUAAUCUGGGCACAGUGGUGUCUUGGCCACCUUACCGAUGCUCAACUGGUUGAGUUCCUUAUCAAGUGUCGCGCAGCCCUGGCGGACCUUGGAAUCAUGGUGGUCAAGGAGAAUCUCUCUACCGAUUUAUCUGGCAAUGAUAUCUACGAUGAUGUCGACAGCAGUGUGACACGAACCGAUGAAAAGUUCAAGGCCCUAUUCAAGGCAGCGGGGAUGAAUGUGAUCGCGACAGAAUUACAAGCCGGGUUUCCGAAACAUUUAAACCUCUUGCCCGUGAGAUCUUAUGCAUUACGGCCGAUGGCUUGA